AUGGACGCAGCUCAAUUGAACACACAAAGGACGAAUGAGGAAAUCAUCUUGAAGACCAGCUCAACCACCUACUCGACCAUACUUCCGCGAUCUGUGCACUUGCAGAGGUGCAUGACUAGGAGGUCCAACAAGGACAACCUAGUUGAACAUCCAGAGAUAGACAAGCUUGAGAAGCAACUUAGGAAGCAGAAAGCCCAAGAGAUGGCCGACGAAGCAGCUCGCGCUCACGCCGCUGAAGUGGCGCGCGCUCAAGAAGAAGGAAGAGAUCCACCUCCUCCUCCUCCUAAUCCCUGCUGGAGAUGUGAACGCACAACCCCAAGCUGGAGCACCUACAAUCGGAGACUAUGA